AUGAAUGAAAUGACCACUCUUCCGGGGGCUUUUGAUCGAAUGGCAAACAAUGAAGGUUUAGUUAGAAUGUUUACCCGUUGUACUCUGAAAAUCAAAGCGCAGUUAGAUAAAACGAUAGGCCAGCCUCGUAACCCCUUACAUAUCACGGUCCAUGAGAUUGAUGAGAUUAAGCUGUUCUUCGAUGGUCUUAUUAACCACUUCAAAUCAGGGGCUUCUCAGCCCGCAGCUCAGUCUACGGAGCAAGCAGCAGGCCAGCCUCAACCUCAUCAACGUGCAGAGACCCUAACCAUAGCGAAAGAGCGAUUUAGGGUUGAGGAUGACUCUGUCAUCGUCCUACGCGGCUUGGACAGAGACGAAAUCAAAAAAUAUGUGGACAUGACCGCCGAGCUGAGAGCAGCAAGAUACGAUGGGUCGGACUACGAGAAUGAGCCUCUGGAAGACUCAAGAUCUCCACCUGUUUCCGGCCACGUCGACCAAGCAUCUGCUGGACACCUGCAGACUAAGCCCCGAGUAUCUAUGGUGCCAAAUGGACCAAGAUAA